AUGGCCACUACAGAACCGUCUCCAGCUCCUGGCUCCAAUCGUCCUCCUCGAACACGAACUCGUCGCCCAAGACGGGGUGGCCAUCGGAACAAUGGACCUGCACCAGCAGAUGCAAGCACAAAUGCUACUCCAAAUUCAACGGCACAAGUACCAAAUGGUCCUUUAGCUCUCAGACCGGCCUCUGUGGCACCACUGCCAGACUCGAAUUCUCCAGCCCCGUCGAACCCGCGAAAUUCGAACGCAAACAAUCGAGGAGGCGGCAAUGGUAGAAGAGGUGGAUUUGGACGAGGGGGUCGAAGAGGGGGUGGUCGCGGACAGCCCAUGGCCAAUGGAAGAGUGUUUGGAGGGCAGCUUACCUCAAACUCGCAUACUAGUCCUACAUCUGACGCUGGUUCUCUUGCUGGAGAUGCUCCAGCAUUUACACCUGGUCAUCCUAUUGCCACCCGACCUGGACCCUCUCGAGCUCCGCGCGCACGUCGAAUGUCGAAAUCGCAAGCUGCAGAUCUUGCCACUCGAACACACGAAGAUAUCACAAAUGGACAAUACGAAUGCGCAAUUUGUACCAACGAAGUUUUACCAAAUUCUAAGAUAUGGAACUGUAAAAGUUGUUGGUCGGUUCUCCAUUUAUCAUGUGUCAAAAAAUGGUCGAAGAACGAAGUGUCCACACAUCAACAACGAGCAGUUGAAAAUGGAGAAUUGCCACCACCGAGACAAUGGAGAUGUCCCGGUUGUAAUUUGCCCAAAGAAGACUUGCCAAUAUCGUAUACUUGUUGGUGUGAGAAGGAAAUUGAACCACGAUCAGUAGCUGGGCUACCACCACAUUCUUGUGGGCAGAGUUGUUCAAAAAAGCGGAUCGGACACUGUCCUCAUCCAUGUGAUCUUAUGUGCCAUGCUGGACCGUGUCCACUUUGCACUCAUAUGGGGCCUUCACUUCCUUGCUUUUGUGGCAAAGAGACAGUUUCAAGAAGAUGUUUAGAUACGAAGUACGAAAGCGGAUGGGCUUGUGGGCAAAUCUGCGAUGAUGUACUUCCCUGCGGAGAACACAAUUGUGAACGGAGUUGUCAUGAGGGCCUUUGUGGCAGUUGUGAGGUUCUUAUUGAAUCAACAUGCUAUUGUGGCAAAGUCGAAAAAACUUUACCUUGCUCGGAACGCGAUGAAGAGCGUGAAAGUCAAGCACCAGCCAGUACGCUCGAUGGUGAAAGUUUACCCAUGAGGACAUGGAUUGGAUCUUUUGACUGUGGCUCUGAAUGCCGUAGACCCUUUGAUUGCGGUAAACCAGAUCAUUACUGUGAGACUAAAUGCCACCCUCAAGACCUAUUACCUGCACACUGUCCAUUGUCGCCCGACGUUGUCACAACUUGUCCCUGCGGGAAAACGCCAAUUUCUACACUCCUCGAAACCCCACGAACCGAUUGCACCCAGCAUAUUCCUCACUGUCAAGAGAAGUGUGAAUUGCCGUUGAAGUGCGGGCAUACCUGCCAAGGUAUUUGUCAUGAAGGCGAGUGCCGACCUUGCUUUCAGUCGGUGUUAAUUGCAUGUCGCUGCGGUAGGACAAUAUCAAACACUAUGUGUCAUCAAGGAGUGGAUGAGAAGCCACAGUGCCCUCGAGUAUGCCGAGCGACACUCAACUGUGGGAGACACGAGUGUGGCGAGCGAUGUUGUUCUGGCGAAAAGAAAGCAAGUGAGCGACAAGCCGCAAAACGAAAGCAUCGUGGUUUGAAUGCUCCGCCGACAGAAGAGAACAUUGAGGCCGAGCACAUCUGUCUCAAAGUCUGUGGACGCACACUCAAAUGUGGCGAACAUGCUUGCGCUGAACUUUGUCACAAGGGCCCUUGUAGAUCAUGCCGUGAGGCUAUCUUCGAAGAAAUCAGCUGCGCUUGUGGCCGUACCGUUUUGCAGCCUCCAAUGCCUUGCGGGACGAAACCACCUGAGUGCCGUUUUGAUUGUACAAGAGCAAGAACUUGUGGUCAUCCACAAACUAAGCAUCAAUGCCAUCUCGAUGGCGAAGCUUGUCCAAAGUGUCCCUUCCUUGUAGAGAAGCCUUGUAUUUGUGGCAAACGGACUUUGAAAAACAUUCCGUGUUGGUUCACUGAAGUCCGGUGUGGCUUGCCGUGCGGGAAAAAGUUAAAGUGCGGUAUACAUUCUUGUCAAAGUCUCUGCCAUCGUCCCGGACAAUGCGAAGACGCGACUUCGCCAUGUCAUCAACCGUGCGGAAGGCAGAAAAGCGUUUGCGAUCACUCCUGUACCGACGCUUGCCAUGCUCCUUACCCCUGUAAGGAAACACUACCUUGCCAAGGCAAAACCUUCAUCACCUGCCAAUGUCAACAUCAGAAACAAGCGGUCAAAUGUCUCGCAUCGAAAGCCAGCGAGGGCAAUGCGAAAAAGACACUAGAUUGUAAUGACGAAUGUCUUAAGCUCCAACGCAAUGCAAAGCUUGCCGCAGCUUUGAAUAUUGACCCAAGCACUCACACAGAUGAUCAUAUUCCAUAUUCGCAACAAACAUUGGAUAUGGUCAAAGACAUGCUCAAAUUUUGUCAAACCUACGAGCGCGAAUUUCGCGUUUUCGCAGCGGAUCCAUCGGAGAAGAGAUUAAGAUUCAAGCCCAUGCCAUCUCAUCAGAGAGCAUUCCUGCACUCAUUGGCGGAAGACUAUGGUCUUGAUAGUGAAAGUCAAGAUCCAGAGCCCCAUCGCCACGUUUCGAUUUUUAAGACGCCACGCUUUGUAUCUGCGCCAUUGAAAACUCUAGCGCAAUGUGUCAAAGUCAAGCCAGUGACAGUCGUCGAAGCUGCAUCUUCAAAGAGAUUAGUUGCUACAGCCGAACCGUUUAAUGCAUUCUUAUUAUCGAAUCCUAGGUUUGGAUUAACUAUUGAUGAGAUACACACCGAUCUUUCGUCUGAAUUCGCAAAUGCGGGCCUCGAUUUCGACGUAUCUUUCCUACCUUCUGGUGAAGUUGUCCUUCGUGGAAAAGCUCCCGAGACUUGGUACACGAAAGUUGACUCCGCACUGACUGCUAUGCAGCAUAGCCUUGUUCAAAAGGUUAAAGCACUUCAAUUGGCGUCGACAGUUGUUCUCUGUAGUGUGGAUUCGAGUUUGAAUGUCGUCAGGAGAGAAGAUGAUCAUUUAGGGGGUGGGUGGAGUCAAGUGGCCAAAGGAGCCAGCGGAAGCAAAGCUCCAGUGAGGCCAGAGAUAGGUGUAAAAAGUAGCUUCACCGUUUUGGGAACUAGAAUGGCGGCGAAAAAGAAGAAAGAAGAACAGGAUUCUGCAGUAGAUGACUGGGAAAAGGAAGUGGAGGCUUGGGAUGCUUGA